UGGUUUCGUUUCGCUGUCAGAUUGCUUGCUAAAUUCCAAAAUUGUGUCCUAAUUCCCAUACCAGUCCAUAACGCAUAAUUGAAUUAAUCUACCACUUUUAUAUUUUAUAAAAUUAAAAUACAGAGAUAGCGAAGUAAGUCUGUGCAGGUAAACUCUCACGUGAAUAUAUUUGUGAGAGAUUUUACAGUAUAUAUAUUUUUAAUUUUUACAGAUGUUUUAUCGAUUGUUUAUAAUAUUGGCAACAUGGCGUCAAUGAGAGAACUACAACAGGAAAUAAAGGAAGCUGGAUUGGAGAUAGAUUUCUGGAAAAAAAACAGACUAUCUAAUAAUCAACGGGACCUUCUUGAUGCUGUCCAGAGGAGAAAUACGGAGAAGGUUAAGCGUCUCGUUGGGAAGGGCACUGAUCCAAACUUCACGGAUGAGAAAGGAAAUUAUCCGAUCCAUAUCGCAGCAGGUCUGCCUCUACUAGGAGGUGCUCAGGAAAUACUGACAACUCUGUUGUAUUUUGGUGCUUCUGUCGAUGUUCGAGAUAGAUUUGGUCGAACUCCCUUGCACAUAGCAGCCAGUUUAACAUCUCAAAGAGUCCUAGUGCUGCUGGAAACUGGGUGUUCCAUUAAUGAACAAGAUGUUGCAGGUCGGACUGCCCUAAUGGAAGCGUGUAGCAGUGAAGGAAGUGACGCUCUCUCCGUGGUGCAGAUUCUACUUGAUAGGAACAUUAAUGCUAGUCUCAAGGAUCAAGACGGGCUAACAGCUCUUCAUUGUGCCUGUAAAAACUUGAAGCAAGAUCGAGUAGUACGUAAUGAAAUUAUCUGUAAACUGCUGUUUUCAGGGGUAUCGGCCAUCAUUACAGAUAAAAGCGGUAAAAUGCCUUUGUGUUAUGAGCUGGACAAAUUUGUACAUGUUCCAAGAAGAUAUUUCAAAGACAGUGAAUUCCUGGUGACUAGAACUCUCAUCCAGGCUGGUGCAAACUACAACAGCCGAAACCGACUACAUGAGACGUGGGCGCGAAGAGCCAUUGCCUACUCACAGCUGAACUUCUUGAAGGAGCUGUUUGCUAUCAUACAGCCAGUACUCGGCUUGAAGGCAGCAAAGCAGGUGUAUCACAUAUGGCAUUCAAGAGAAGACAAAGAUAACGAGAUACUGGCAGAACUGCAGACUUUAAUAACAAACCCUGUGUCACUGCAAUCUCUCUGUCGAAGUUUGUUGAGGGACGAGUUGAGGGGUAAACUCUUCGUUAAAGUGGACCAUUUACCAUUGCCACAGUGUCUGAAGAGUUAUAUUCUGGUUCAGUGAUGUUCGUAUAUGUUUAGCAAAAAAUAUAGUGUCCCAAUAGUUUUACUUUUAACAAAAUGGUGCUUUUGUUUAUGAAGCUUUAAAAUAUAGUUUUGACUAAAACUGGAAGGAUCUUCCAUCCGUGAAUGUUUGGAUAUUUUAUAAUUUUCGUCAUAUACCGGGUAUUUCAUUGUGAUAACAUUUGUAAUUUUGGAUGGGAUUUCAAUUUUUAUUUACUUGAUAUUCUUUUAUUUUUAUUUUGUCAACAUCUUGCUAUAACUCUUAUAUUUUGCUAUUUACAACUAUAUAACAAUUAUGGAAAUAUGCUAAUUAGUAAUACUGUAAUAAUUCUGACAAAAUUUACCGGUGUAGCAAUGCAUGCGUCUCCCUUGCCGAGUUUAACCCUAACUAUUGGGACCAACCCUUGGUUGUGGAAGGUGUUUUCCUCCCAUUUCAUUUGGUGCAUCACAAUUGAUAUUGCCCAUCUCGUGAACAUAUUGUAGUGUCGUAACAAUGUAGUACGCACCACCAGUGUUGUACUAGCUGUAAUUUUGUAAGUUUUAUCAAUCAAUCAAUCAAUAACCCUUUGACUCAUGCUUACAUCCACUGAAGGUUCAAGUACAACUGUCUUGGGCAAAUUCUCCAAGAUUUCCCCGGUGGAUGUAUCCAUGACAGAUUUGUAGGUUCUUUUUUCUUUGUGAUGAUAUAUAUGUAUUGGACAUACACAGUCUAGCCAGCUCCAAAGCGAUAAAAAGUUCAUUAAAUUUUUAGUUAAACACUAUAAAUGGAUACUGGAUUGCUCUAAGGUGGAACAUGUUGCUAAAUUUGCAAUUUACACUUUAUUAUUAUUUGACAGAUAAAUUAAUUAUUAUUAUUGUUGACAUUUGUAUUGUCACUCUUACAUCAGUAUAAUAAUUUAGUUUUUCAAAGUGGCCACUGUAGGCAGGGGCUUCCACCUCGUUACAAAAUGCUAACCCACCUUCUCAAAAAAUUUGAAUUUAUGGAUUUUCAGACAACCAUUCCAUUAUUUGAAGGCGGGUAAUAAAUACAAUACCACUCGAUUUUUGUUAGAUAUAAUUUUUAUGACACUUGUGAACUUUUCUUGUAUCUAACCACAUUUUCGUUUGGUCAGAUAACAGGAAAGUUAAGAUAGUUUUGUAAAAAUUAUAUCUUAAUGAAAACAAGUAGUAGUCUGUAUUUACAGGUCUAUAAAACUUUUUACUACUAGCUAGUAACAAGAAUUAUCUACGUUGUAGGUUUCUCAUCUAAUGUUUGAAAUUAUUGUUAUGACUUAUAAUAAUUGCUGGUAAAAUAGUAAAAAACAUGCCUUGUUCAAAUCAAGGUAACCCAAUCUUUCUUAGGCAUUUGUAACAGCAGGAACGUAGUGCAGAGUGCUUGCAUGAGCUGCCAAGGGUUGUAGGAUCAACUGUUCUCAGUCUCACUACUGGUACAUUGAAGGAUAUUAGUUUGUUUUGGUAAACACCACAAUAUUAUAAUCAGCUACUGGAUGUCAAACAUUUUUUGACAAUCCUAGAGAAAACAGGGGUUUUUUUCCAUUAGCAGCAAAGGAUUUUCUAUAUGCACAUUUCCAGAUAGGGCAGUCUUUAAUUUACUAGUCAUGGGGCAUUGGUUGAGACUGGGGGGAGGGGGGGGGGGGAAUAAAAGAUGUGGUAUGUACUAUCCUGUGUGGGAUUUUAUGCACAAAUCUGUUGCCUCCAUAUAUAAGUGACUCUCUUCUUCAGGAAAGUAUUUUUAGACUUCAAAACUCUGCUCAAUACUCGACAAUAGAUCCCAUGUAGUUUUAAUAGUAGCCAGUUCCGUAAACGAGGUUAGUUAUUUUUUUUUUUUUUACCAAAUGUUGAAAUAACUAAAUACUAGUUUUAAAAGAGUUUGUUUUGGAGCACAUUGACUAUUAAUUAUCAUUCUGACAUAGUCAUAAAGAGGAAAGCCCCAUAAUAUUUCCUAAUCCAGCAAGGGAUCUUUCAUAUGCACUUUCCCUUAAAGUUUUAAUUUUAGGUUCCCCAAUCUGAUGAGUGAAAAAGGCAUAUGACGAGUCUCUUUGGUGAUAUUCAUAAAGUACUAUGCCCGGAGGAGACACUGCAUGCAAAAACAGUAUGAAAGGGGUUUCGCUGACAGGAUGCAUGGGCUUCCAACAAUGCACCAGUGUUAUAACAUAACAUGGUUUAAAAUAGUUUGGUCGUAGGUGCAGCAAAUAGCAUCUCGCAGGGUAAAUGGACCCUGAAAUUUAUAUAAUGCAUUAAAUAUUGCCACACCUGCCAUUGGUAAGCUAUGCAACAAUUUGUGAUAAAGUAUUGGUUCAUCUGGCCAAAACGUCCUGAUGAUUUCACAUACUAUCUCUAUACCAGCUACUACGGUACGGUAAAAGAUGAAAGUGGGCUGGAAAUCUAAAUAUUAAUGUUUGGGUACAGAGAUUGGUACCCAUGGUCAUGGUUGUGCAGUGGUCUAAGUGGUGGUACCCAUGGUUAUGGUUGUACAGUGGUCUAAAUGGUGGUACCCAUGGUCAUGGUUGUGCAGUGGUCUAAAUGGUGGUACCCAUGGUCAUGGUUGUGCAGUGGUCUAAAUGGUGGUACCCAUGGUCAUGGUUGUGCAGUGGUCUAGAUGUUGGUACCCAUGCAAAACAUCAUUAGUAGCAAGUAUCACCAUUCCAGACAGACAGGAUAGCACAUACCACCAGUCUGUGUGCACAGGCUGGAACGAGAAGUAGCCCAACUAGGGGAGGGACAAUUUCCAUUAUGUCCUUUUUCUCAAGAUUUCCUUUAAAGAUGGAAGAUGUAUUUAUAUCAAUGGUGUACAAGUUACAGGUAAUAGCUUUAGCCACAAGAGGAGUGUCCAUGGGAUUUGUUUUGGUGGCAUAAACCCAACCAUAAAACAUUUUAUCAAGCUUAAAUUGUGGGGUUUUUUUGGUUUUUUUAAUUCAUAGUAUACUGUAUACCUAAUUUCAUCUCCUAGUUUUAUCCAUUAUUAUGUAUUGCGACAUUUAGAUUGUGUGUGUAUAUGACAAACACACACAAGACACUGGGUAUGAUGGGAUAUGAAAGCAUCAUGAACUUCCAUCAUCUAAACAUUUCAUUUUUAAUGUAAGUGUUUUAGCAACAAUAUAUAUCAAAUUUUAUGUACAGUAGUUUCUUUUAGAGGUCAGUAUAGAUAAUACAGCAGUGUUGCAUUGUUCAUGCAUAUACAGGUGUUGGACCAUGCUCAUCACUCUUUAAAUAACACUGCUAAAAAAAUUCCUGAAUAAAAUACUUUUCCUCG